AUGGAUGUGAAAGAACUUCAGGUAAUUGGUGACUCGGAUUUGCUAAUCCGUCAGGUUCGAGGAGAGUGGGCUACCAAAACUGAAAAGAUCAUACCAUAUGUUGGACUUGUGCAAAGAAUGGCAGAUCUGUUCCAAGAAGUCGUGUUCAAACACAUACCAAGAACCCAGAAUGCGUUUGCUGAUGCGUUGGCAACAAUCACAUCUAUGAUUCAGCAUCCUGACAGUAGAUACAUUGACCCUGUCAAAAUUGAGAUCAGAGAUCAACCAGCCCACUGUGCUUUCGUAGAGGUGAAGGCUGAUAGAAAACAUUGGUACACUGACAUCAAAGUGUACUUGGAGAAACGAGAAUAUCCCGAAGGAAUCACCACCAACCAGAAGAAAACUAUUAGCAAGUUGGCGAAUGGUUUCUUCCUCAACAAGAAUGUCCUGUACAAAAAGAACUCCAAAUUUGGUAUUGCUUAG